AUGGCCACUCCAGCUGCUCCUGCUGCUGUAAAACUGGAAGCUGGAAAGGUCAAAACCAGCCUUUCUGUGAGUACUGGACUGGUUAUAUGUAACAAGAACGGUGGUACUCGCAGUGAUGGCUCUCACAAGGGCACUGAAUUCAAGCCCAAGGCCUUCAAGGUCGAAGAGACCAAGGACUACUACUUGUGUGGUUGCAAAUUGACUGGAAAUGCUCCAUUUUGCGAUGGUACUCACAGACAAGAAGCUGGCGUCAAACGAUACAAUGAGUUCUUGCUCAAGAAGAACACUGAGUUGAAGGCAAAGCUCGAAUCUUCUGAGAAGCUCCAAGGUUUCCUGGGCGCUGCUGCAAUCGGUGGUCUCAUUGCAGCUGGUCUUGGUUUAGUGGUAUCCAAGAUGCAAUAA